AUGUGUGCUUGUACAUUUUGUCCCACUUGUCCGGCAAUAAUCCCAUGCGGGACGGGUCCGUGCUGGCACACGUGCCCGCCGCCGCCGCCAUGCUGCCAGCCGUGCUGCCCGCCGCCGGUGCCGUGCACGCCAUGCCCGCCGUGCCGCUGCUGCCCCGUGUUCCGACAGUGCCCGGCGCCUUGCAUACCGGACCUGGUACCGCCAAUAGUCCCGGAGCUGCCGUGCUGCAAACCACGCCGCGCGCCCCCUUGUGAGCCCCUGCCGCCGCCGCCGCCGUGUCCCGUGUGCUGCCCGCCGGCGCUGCCGUGCUGCCACCCUCCGGAGCCCUGCGAUCCUCCGCCAGUGUGCCCGUGCCCGGAACCUUCGCCGUGCUACCAACCGGUGUUGCCUUGCUGCAACCCGCAGUGCCCGCCCCCGAUUAUCCCGAAGCAGCGUCCGAUAUGCCCGCGCGCCCCGCCUGCGCCGUACCCCUGCCUGCCCGUGUGCCGCAGCUCGUGCCCAUUCUGCGACGGCAUGGACCCGGUGACGAGACGCAGGCCGCUCAUAGUACAUGACAGCGUGUUUGCCAACAGACCGUCAGGAUUACCCGCCGAAAGCGUCGUGCGAAGAAAUCCAAACGUUCGGUACACCUGCACUAACUACGUCCGACAGGGCCCUCAAUCUGGAUGCUGCUACCACGUACCUGUGCCUCUACGGUAGCGAAGAUUGCAAAAUUGCCCUGCCGAGGUUGUGAAUGUCAAAUAAUGUGCCGUUUGGAAAUAUUUUAUUAUUUGAAAUAAAGAU